AUGGCGCGUCCCCGGCUCUGGGGGUGCCUCGUAUUCACCUCGCUGAUUGUCUCCGCCCAGGCUGGGGCUCUGGAUGAUUUCACCAACAACCUCUUUUCUGAUCUAGCGCCUGUCCUCGCGCUUUUUGGAGAACGCGCGACUAUGCAGUUCAUGAGUCAAUCACUGGGUUGGGCAGACUGUGUUGCGUUAGCUAUGGCUCCGUUAGGAAUUAUCACCAUCAUCGUGAGCGCAAUUCGCGUGGGCGGGCCGAUGCGGCUGAAGGCGAUCAUUGGCCGGGCGAAGGAGAACACAUCAGUAGCCGAAAUGGAGCUGAUGUCGUCUACUUCACGCGAGGUUUGCGAGUUGUAUAAUGGCGAGAGCAUCGUCAGGUGUCAAGGUUUGGCUCCUGUAUGGGAGUACAUGUGCCUCGUACCUAGACAUGACACCAAAAAAGAUUCGGUAAGGAGGAACGACCAGACUGGUAGAAGGAUCCAGUUCAAGACACUGGAACAAGCGAUUAAGGAUGGGUUUUUGAAACUAGAAGGAACUCGCAAUUCUGAGCUGGAAGUGCAAGCCCAACCUAUUCAGACAGGAGUGCCGACCUCCGUUUCUGCGGUUGAAGAUGGAUCCAAUGCUGGUUCUACGGCAAUGCGGCGGAGUAUGAGACGCACUCAUGCUUGGUUUCGCAGAGGCAGAGGCGGUAUCUCGGCUUCGAGAGAGAACAACAUGGAGUUGGGCAAUAUCUCUCAACAUCCCACUGAUGGUUCUUCGAAUGAGACUACCGUUGGGUCAACAACAGAGACCGGCUUAACUGCCGAUGACCCUAUCGACGGAUCCUCCAUGAUCGUCAUUCGAAACACAGGUCCUGAAGCACCGAACAUCUCCCUCAACCUAUCAGAGGACCAUAGCCGGACUCCUAUCAGAACUGUUGCAGUCAUGGGGAUUAUUCUUCAACUAGGCGUUUUGGCUUUCUUUGCGGUCAUGACCUAUCCAUCUUACACACGGAAUGAUUUCAAAAAGGAUGACGAAGCUGUUCCCGAACAUGCCUUCCCACUUACGGCCAGCGGUACUAUCCUGUUAGUUGCAGGGUUGCUUCUGUGUGCUCGUGUAGUGGAAAGUAGUACACAUGAGCAACGAUACAAACCCACCGAAGGCUAUGAGAUCCGUCUAUAUUGGUUACAGCAAGGGCAGACCGUUAGUGAUCAAGUCUUUGAAUCCUUUGCAACCUUUCCCUCUUUACCACGAACUGAAAUCAUCACCUCUCGUCGCAGCAAAGAUUAUGGAGAGGGAAAAGACAACAAAACAUUGCAACUCAUGGCCAUUAUCGGGGUUCUCAUUGGUCUUGUGGGAUUUGUCAUCCAAUUUGUUGGCCUUCGAGCAAUGAACGCGGCAGCGUCUCUGGCACAGCUCGCUGCAGUAGGUGCUAUGACGAUCGCAAGGGCUCUUGUGAGACCUGGAUUUGCGAGUUCCUUUGAGAAGUCAAGGCUUCUCGUCGGUUUUGAAAUUGACUGGCUAGCUUGGAAAUUGGUCAAAGAACAGCAUGUCUGGGAGACGAACGAGUCCUCUAUCAAAGAGAACCAGCCCACGGAACCUGAAUCUCCAAAUGAUGGGACCGCAGAAGAUACCGUAUCAAGCCCUCUAUCGAGGCAUCGUGAGAAUGGGAAAGCAAAUCAACAUGAUAUUCCUGGGACAUGGGCUGUGGUUACGGGGUGGGGCUCCCGAUACCAUCCACUUGAAGCGGUACAAGAAAGCUUUUCGAGCCCCCAGUCGGGUUCGCGGCUGUUAGACGUACGACGAGAGCUUGCUAAGCUAGCAAAUUUCCAGCGAGAGACGUCAAAGACAGCUCUGAACCUUGCUCAUGCAAUGGAAACGACGAUGUCGAUCUUGUACCCUACUGGUACUGGAGUCGACGGAACUAGCGAUUUCCUUUGGAACAUUGACGUGAUUCACAACGGCUUAGUAUCAACUCCUAUUUCGAAUCCGGCGAUGUCUCUCCAGCUUCGUUUGGCUCACAGGGGAAAGUCCUGGAAAGUUUUGGCAGAUGACAUCGACGCUGUCUUGUCACUGUGGGCAUAUACUGCGCGCGGAGCCGAUGAGGAAUUUAAGCUCAGCCAGGGCGCCGAGAAUUUCAAACACGUCAACUCAGAGAAUGACAGCUGGCUUCGUAACAAGAUAUAUCCAGCCAGUCUGAGAAUUCUAUGUCCGGCGGAUAACGCGAUGAGAGACCAGAUGUGUAAAGAUCUCAGUCUUUGGGCGCCAAAAGCUAUGCAGACCAUGUUCAACAUAACCGAAUACCGACUUCCCCGAGAAGAUAAAGACGAGAUUUACGAUGUGCCGAAGAAAUUUCAGUCGAGCAGAAUUGUGGGAUUCAACCCACAAAAACGACCAUUCUCAGACGUUCCACGAGGAGAGCGAGAGUUCUGGCGCACUCGGGAUUCUGUAUCGGAGCUACUGCCUCAACGCUCUGAGAGGGCUCACUGGGCCAUCGAAACUCAGGAGACACUAGAUCUUCUGUACGCAAAAGACCUAUUAUAUUCGUUCUUCUGUUCCGUGGCACAGACGCUGAGGUCUCCUGUGCGAGGUAGAGCGGAGAUUGAGAACAUCUUGAUUGACAUCACGUGGCGAAAUGUUCUGAGAAGCAAUCUCCGACUCUGUGUUUUGAAGCAUGGGGACCUGAAUAAGCUUAUUGAAACUUUAAUCGACCUUGAGCUUGGCUCUGAGAUCGAGACUACGCUGAGCCUCUUAUUGCCUUUGAGCUUCUGGGACAAAGCGCCAGUACCAUUCGCAAUCUUCGACGUUCUCUGCGAGGAAAAGAUCAAGGCCCGUAAAGCGCAAAACUGGGAGCUUCUAUUCCUAGAUCAUGAUGAUCUGAAUUCCGUCAAACUUCGUAAGGAAGUUCAACUGGGCAGAGCUUUCUUCUUGCACCUCUUUUUCUUCUUGAUCGAGCAUGCUCAGGACGCACAAGACGAACUUUGGUUGAUGAAUGUCGAGGGUAGAAAGUUGGAUCAGGAAGCUGAAAGUCACCAACCCAAUGGCUGGUCGUCGGACAUGACCCCUGGUCAACGCAAGAAUCUCGAUCAACAUUUCCGAAAGCAUCGAACAGCACUUUUAACAUGCCUUAGAAUUCUAGGUAACGACGAGCUCUUCGAAGACCUGCAAACGCUUUACACCCACCAAGACAGACACCAAGGCUUUCUGCAUUAUCUGAGAAAACCCAGAGAUAUUGAACAUGAUGUAGAGCAGUCUGAGACGCGCUUGUGUCAUAGAUUUCAUGCGAGGAAGUGCCUGCCUUGGAGGCAGCGCAAAGACCCACCAGACCUAUCAGCCAAGUUGCCGCAACGCUUCAACAUGACAAGUGUUCAUCUCGAGGCCAUGAGAAUCAAUGGGAACCCCGCAACAUGCAGGAAAGAUAUCCCUUGGAUUAAUCAGCCCGAUGCAUCUGGCUCUACACCUCUGCACCACGCUGCUAGGACAGAAAGCCUGAAUAUGGUGGAAUAUUUGAUCAAAAACGGGGCUGACGUAAACUCAAGAGACUUCCGGGGAUACACGCCGCUUCAUUAUGCUUGCGGCUACCGCGAUGAUAACGUCAUUAUCCCACUCACUGACGCAGGCGCAACAUUUGACGUUCAAGGCACGGAUGGAGCGUUUCCGCUUCAUGUGGCGGCAGGCGAGGGGAACGUUGCAGUUCUUGCCCACUUGAACAGGAUAAGCUCAUCAACCUAUCAGCAGAUCAUCCACGGUCUGGAGGGAAUUGAGUGGAAGGCUAAAGACUUUCACGGUCGCUUGGCCGUUCACUGGGCUGUUGUUGGAGGCCAUUGGGGCGCUGUCGAGGAGCUCUUUGCCUUUGUAAAUGAGACUGACAAUUACGGCUGGACGGCGCUUCAUCUGGCCAUUUUACACGGCAAAGACGAAAUUGUUCGCAAUAUUUGCAGGCUUUCAAAGAAGAGGAAUCAGGUUUCUGUUGAUCUGGAGAAGACGGAUACUGAAGGGCGCACGGCUCUUCACUUGGCGAGGAUUAAGGGAAAUUCGGGAGCAGCUGACAAUCUCAUUGAGGCGGGUGCAGCGCCAGACCCUCAACAUUAUCUGCCGGCAAUGAAACUAUUACAACGACAUCGGCACUACGAUUUCUAA